GGAGCCGCCGCCGCCGCCGCCGCCUCCGGCCACCUGAUCCCCGCGGCUGCCGCCUCCGAGACAAAGCGCGGGGCUGCCCGCCGCGCCCGCCCGGCCCAACCAUGGUGGAGCCCCCAGCAGAGCCCCCCGCGCAGCCCUGUCCCGCACCCGGCGGGGCGACAGCGGCGACGCCGGGGGAGACGUCCCGACCCGGUGAGCAGUCCCCGCUGCUGCACCUGGACCUGUACAACUUUGACUGCGCGGCGGCGGAGGGCAGCCGGUACGUGCUGACCAGCCCCCGCUCCCUGGAGGCAUGCGCCCGCUGCGCCGUGCGGCCGGUGGAGCUGCUGCCGCGGGCGCUGGGCGAGCUGCUGCGCGAGGCUCCCGGGCGCUCCAUGAGGGUGGCCACCGGCCUCUACGAGGCCUACGAGCGCGAGCGCCGCCGCAAGCUGCAGCAAUGCCGCGAGGAGCGGGAGAGGAUUAUCCGCGAGGAGAAGCGGCGCAUCCUCGCUCCGCUCGGCAGCCUGCCUCCCUCGCCCGCCGCCCGCCUCGCCCCACGGGCUGCCGCCAGCGCCGCUGUGCCCCAUGCCGUGGGGAAGGCUGGGGCGUCAGGAGGCGCCAAGGCCAAGAGCCACUCCCUGGACUCGCUGCAAAAGCGUCGGGAGGGCAGCUGGGGCAAGACCUCCUCGGAGUCGGGAGCGUCGUCCUCAUACAGCGGGGAGAGCCUGCGGGGGCUGGGGGGCAAGGCGCGCGGCCGGGGCCGGGUGGCCGACGGCUCCCUGCUGGGGCGCAGCUUCAGCCUGGGUGACCUCAGCCACUCACCGCAGACCGCCCAGAGGGUGGAGAGGAUCGUCAGGGAGGUGAAGAGGAAGAAGGGCCUCUCAGAGGUGCCUGAGAGGGACAAGAAGAUCGCGGCGCUGAUGAUCGCCAAGCACCAGGAGGCCAGCCUCCUGCGGGAGCAGCGGCAGGCGGCCCAUCUGCAGUGGGACAGCCAGCGGCGCCUGGCAGAGCAGCGGAAGGAGCAGGAGGAGAAGGAGAAGCAGAAGGCCCUCCUGCAGGGCCAGCGGAUGUGGGAGAGCCAGGUGGAGAAGCGGCGGGGAAAGCUGAGCCAGGAGCAGCAGGAGGUUGCCCUGCUGAAGCAGAAGCAGAGGCAGGUAUGUGAGGAGAGGUGGCGGGAGCAGGCGGAGAAGCAGGAGCGGCUGCGAAGGGAGAAGCUGGAAAGAGCCGUCCAGGAAGACAAGCAGAAGAAGCUCCAUCAAGAGCACAAUCUGAAGGUGAAGGAGGACAGCAAGAAGGAGCAGCGGGAGCGAGAGGAACAGCUCCUGCAGGAGAAGCUGUCCACAGCCGCGCAGAAGAGGCAGAGGAAGGAGGUGCGGCUGCAGAAGGAGAGGAAGCAGCUCAACCAAGCAGAGAAGCUGAAGCAUGAGACUUUGCUCAAGGAACUGGCCAAGCAAGAGGCAGAAGAGAAGGAAAUGCUGAAGGCCUCCCUGGAGAUGAGCUUGUCCAAGGCUCAGGAGAACUAUGAGCAGCUAGUAGAGAAGAGGAACCAGGAGCUGAGGGAGAAGGCCAGGCGGGAGGACAUGCAGAUCCAGAGAGCUAAACUGGCAGCAGAGAAGAAGGAAAGAGAGCAGAAGGAGCACUUGGAGGCCCUGGCUAAAGAGACAGAGAGGAAGCUCCAGCAUGCUGCCCAGGUGGCUGAAGAGGUGGUCCAGGAAAAAGCCCGCAGGUUGGUCUUGAGCCGUCUGGAGAAGGAGAAGGUGCAGAAGAUGAACAAGCAAAAGGUGGAACAGUAUGAGGACUUACGGCGCAGGGAGAUUCUCCUUUCUAUCGAGAGAAAAUUGGAGAGGAGCGAGCAGAUCUUCAAGGAGAAGAAAACUGUCUUAGAAAAUGCCAGGUCUGUAGCUCGGGCAUCCUUCCAUGUCCGGGAGAAAGUACGGGAGGAGACCAACACGCGCACCUUUGACAAGAUGGCCUUCGAAGCAGAGCUGCAUGCCAGCCUGGAUAAGAAAUGAAAGGUCUUGCUGGGGAUAUGUGAUCAGUUGUCCCUCAUAAUGCAUCAGAAAGCUCCUCUGCAUUAACAGUUAGUAUUUAAAAAAAAAUAAAACUAACCACCCUAAUUCAUUAUUUUGGGGGAGCAGGGUACCGCACAAAAAUGUGGCAGCUAUUUCACAUACUUUUUAAAACUUGUUUUUGUUCUGGAUGUGUUUUAAGGACUGACCUCAGUCAUCUUUACAAAGGGGAAGCAAGCUUUUGCAUCCUCUACCCCACAAGCACAGAGGGCUGCAGAAGAACUUUGCGUGAUACCUGUCAGUUACCAAUUGAUUGUCUAAACUGGAGCUGACUACAACGGCACUAUUUUUUGUUGGAAAAACAGACAAUAGAGACUAUGGGCUACUCUUAGAGCCUAUUGACAAAGAACCCAAACCAACCCAGCUGAUUGUGGUUUGAGUGACAUUCAGUGUGGUUUAAGAUACAGGAUUGCAUUUUCAAAGCUGCUGCGCACUCCAGAAGGUGAAAAUGGUUCUCUUGGAGAAGUCCGUGUGCCCCCAGGUGCGUCUCAUUCACUGCUGAUAUCAAACACUGGGGAAAGAAAGCGCGGGUCAAGGCUUCACAACACCGUAUAAGCAGGCAUUACAAUCCCAGUCGGGUAGAAGCUGUUAAAACACUCACAAUCUCUGCAGUUUCACUUCUGCUGUUUGCAGCUUUCCCCAGUAUCCUUACCCUCCUUUCCAAGUGUCUCUUACAAAGGUCUGCAGAGUUUCUUCUUUCAGAGGAGAGGAAGGAAGGAAGAAUCUGUGGGCAAUCCACAAGCUGACAGUCAUCCCAACAACCCAUUUGUACAUUAAGAUGUAAAGAUUAACAAACCUGUGGAAGCUGGUCCUUGUUGCAAACGUGGAAAUGGAAAUCUGUGAACAGAUUGCAUAAAGGGGCUGAGGAAUAUCCACACUGAGAAUAUUCAUGUUUGACAAGAACCCAAGCAACCCUAUCCAGCUCAGCCUGCUUUGAGCACGAGGCUGGACGAGGCAUACACCAGAGAUCUCUUCCAAACUGCUGGCUGCGUGAGUUGCUUGCAAUGAGACUGUCACCCUGCUCUUACUGUUGUCUGCUGAGUAGGGCAGCUUUUAUCUAUCUGCUGGUGCUAUCAGUUGCAUUAUUAUUUUAGGGCACAAGAAAGAGGAGAUGCACAAAAUAAGGUAUGUUACAGAUUCUCUUAGAUGACGAUCACUACAUUUUUUACAACUAACUCAAUACUAUUUUGAGGGAAACAAGACCUUUUGACAUGAAUGCACUGGAAAUGUGAAAGCCUACCUACACCCUGUGGACAGCAUUCAAGUCAGUGUUCCGUUCCGGUUCUCCAUGUUUACUCACUGCCAGGUUGAAGUUACAAACCCGCAUCCAAACCAGGCACUUUCUGUUGUUUUUUUUUUCUGGCUCCAGGCAGUGCCAGCGCUGUGCUCCACCAUCCGUGAGUGUGCUGGGUUGCUGUGGUGAUAGCUGUCAAACCUGGAGCAAGGGAGAGAAGCGGCAAGAAGAGCCAGGUUCUUAUUUCCUUGCAGAUGUCUCUGACGUACAACACAGGGAAAGAGGAAACCAGAAGAAGGUGACACGGGCAUGCAGUGUCACAUGCAUAGAUCACUUACCUCUCAGAAGGCUCUAAAGAAAGUAUUAAAUGAAUAGCAACAACAGCAGUAGACCAAGCACACUCUGGUACCCUGCAAGGCUGGAGACAUUGUAAAAGAAGUGCUGGAAAUGAAGUAAUCUUGUAAAGUAAAACUUGCUGUCUUUGAAUCACAGAGUGAUUGGCGCUGUGGGGGCAGAUGGCACAAAAAGCAAGAAGUGGGACACCUGAGUUGUGCUAGCUCAGUUGUUGGCUUGAUAUGUAACAUCAGACACGUUCUUGUGGGCUGGCCCUGCUCCUAUUGAUAUAAAAGGAAGCAGAAUCAGCCUCUUGGGAUUGAGGUGGCUCGCAGGAAAUAGUAACACACGGCUUAGCAAAGCACUUCCAGGACUUUGGAUGAAAGAUGCUAACAAAGCACAAAGUACUGAUUUAUUUAUUUGUUUGUUUGAGGUGUUACUAGAAAAAAAGCACAUCUGUUGGUGAAAAUGGUCAGGUAACACCAAAACCUAAAAAAUGCACAACUGUGGGAAGGACAACGGUGCUAGCGUUUCCAGCUAGGAGCUGUCACUUCACUCUCCUCCUUGAAACUACAAGUGAUUUGAAAAGAGAAAGCAAUCCUUCUGUCCUGCUGUACCACCAGUCAUGUUUAUGCGCUGUUUGUACUGCAGUGUGUAACGUGGUGGGCAGAUGAGUGGACACAGCCGCUGUCAUUUUUUCCCUUAACUGAAUUGUACCCUCUGAUAUUACAUUUCCAAUGCAGAUCAAGAAAACUUUUACAGCCCAGGAGAGGCGCUUUGGCCACUGACUGUAAUUACACCUCAAGUCCGUGUCUUGCUGCUGACUGAGUUUGACAGCUCAGGGCUACAGCCAAACUAAUCAAAGCACACCUCCAUGGUGGUAAUUGGAUUGGCUAACUGCUGUUCCUAUUCUGCGCAGUGUGCAGCUUGAGUUUGGAAUGUGCAAUCUUUGAAAAAAAAUAUUUUUUUUUCAAAAGACACAGAUUCGUGUAUGGACUUUCUUCAUUUCUGUAGAUAUUCCAGUAUAAAGCUUGUGAGAGUCAAUGGAGUUUAUAGCUGUUUAAAGUUGUAACAAAGAAUUUGCUUCUAGAUCAUGUGCAUGCCUGCUACAGAAUGACCUCUAGAUCUUGGACUGUCUGCACUUUAAAAGCAGCAAAUGCCCUGUACUGGGUAAUUGCUGUGACUGAUGGCACAUCUUAGGUCUGGCUAGCAUUGAAUUCCCACGUUUUUCCUCCUAACUAGAUUUCAUAUUGGAUUCUGUAGAUCUAGUGGAUCAACCCAAAAUCUAGAUCCAAAUGCCACUAUACUCUCAAAUCUGAAACCAAACACGUGCACAAACCUGUAACUUCUCCUUUAAAGUGCUGUACAGGUUAGCAGUGCCGAUGGACUGGAGCUCCUGCUAGCAUUUAACCUGCUGGAAACCACUCUGAAGAGUUUCUGAAGUUGAGAUAUUGCAACACUGGGGAGAGAGACUCCAUUAUCAUCUAAAUGUUCAAAAAAGAAUUACAGUACCAAGUCUUCAGAUUCAUUUUCAGCUAAAGCUGGAGGUCUUCAGAGCUGGUCAAAGUUCCAGCACUGAAACUGUCUCUUCUGAAUGCUACCUCUUAGCAAAACAUUCAUCUCUAAACCAUGAUCUCUGUCAAGGUUGUAUUUGUCAGACACAUUCAAAAGCUAUUAGGAGGCACAGCUGCAUCCCCAGUAGUUAAUGUUUUACAAAGUAUUUUUAACCCAGUUUAUCACAAACACUUUCACAGCAUGGAUAAGAAAGGUGUGAAGAUGAGAUUUCUCACCUUAAUUACCUUCUCUUAGGGAGCUCUAGACUCAUUCUGUGCUAAGCUUUCUCCUGAUGCCAGGGAAAUUUUGUGCCAGGAAAAUUUUUGUGAAGUUUUGUGCACAAAACUGAUAGUGAAUACACAAUAUGCACAGGUCCGAGAGGUGCGAAUGUCUUUAUUAAGCCCACCUUGGACAGGGAGAUACGGGGAAUACCGUAUUUGCAGUGCAAAGUCAAAAGUUUUCCAGAGGUUUUUCUAAGGAUCGCAUCCAGUAGCUAUCCUCAGAGAGGCGACAUUUUCUGUUCCUUUAUUCACCUCUGAGAAAGCCUGGUUGAUGCCAUCCUACCUGAGAACAGGUUCUCAUCACCACCAGGCACUACACUAGAAGAAAGUAUUUGCCUUUGUGUGUGGCUCUUCUUCCUCUGGUGGUUAAGACACAGUAGUUAGAAUGCAGUUCUUCAGGUUUUGCGGGAGUUUUUUGUUUGUUUGUUUUUAAUUCAGGUGCAGGGUGAAUAGGAACAAGGCACAAGAGCAGUUAGAUGCAGUACUCUGCAGGUGGUGGCUGUGGCUCUCCGCUCACACUUCUUUGCAGAACUGGGUUUGUGCGCUUGCCCAGCAGAGCAGCCUCCACAUCUAGGAGAAUGGAGGUGCUCUGGGAGGGAUCCACCUGCUCUCACAUCAUGCAGGAUCCUUACAAAGCAUGCCUGUGAAAGGUCUUAAUGCUUUACUGAGUUAAGGUCCUAAGAAAUUAAGUUUGUUAGGCUCAAACUUAGUGUUGUAGUUGAAAAAGAAGGCUGUCCUAGACAAAGAAGGGUACUGGCUUGCUCUAAAGUGAGCCGAUGAAGCCUUAACAUAACUUGCUGCGGGAGUGCAGCCCCACAUCCCCUCUUUGGAAGCUUCCAGAUGGUACUUCAAAAUGCAUUCUUCACUUAUGCACAGCAACCAGCACUCUGGGGAAGGCAAGUGGUCAGAGCCCUUGUAAUGGGAUAUGCCCCGUGUCCCAUAUGUCCCUGUUAAUGCUAGGGCAUAAAAUAUUCAGUUCUGGAUCUGAUUCUUUUGUUCUGUGCCUAUUCAUUUAAGCAUGGCUCUUUGCUGUGAAACACAACCUUGUCACUGUAGGGUUCUAGUCUGAAAGAACCCAAAUACUUCUCUUGCAACUUUACACUAAUUUCCCCUAUUUCAUUCAGCAAGAAAUCUCCCUUGUUACAAAAUCCCACCAGCAGCAAGAAACAUCCUGGAUUAUGAAAUCAAACUGCCAGUGCUAUUUUACUGUUACGUGCUUUACACAGCUCUCUGCAUCCAAUCCAAGGACCAAACUGUGAGGUAAAUGAGUUAUUGCCCCCAGCCUCAGCACAGAAAGACCGAAGCAGAAAGAACGGAUGUGACUUGCCCCAGGCCAUGCUGGCACUCAGCCGGAGCUCUCACUCGUAUCUUCCCUGUUCCCCCAGCAGCCCUAAUUAACCUCCUUGUUGCAAAGGGAGGGUAUGCCCGAGCCUCUGCUGUGGCAGCUCCUCUUGCUGCUCUCCAGCUGGAGCUUCACAGGAGUCUUAAGAUGCCAGCCUCCACUUGUAGCCCUCGUCUUCAAACCUUAAAGCAUGCAAAGGAAAUGUAAGGAUAUUUAUACUUUCAAAAGGGGAGGCUAAUAGUGAAUGGUGCAGGUACUGGGGCAUACAGGAGCAAGGUGGGGCAGGAGGAAGGUGCAUUAGAGGGAAUGGGCUGGGGCACAGAUAAGAGUGUUAAAGAGAGUGGGCAUGAGCUGAGUGAGAAUACCUACACCAUCCUGGCUGGCUUGAAAUAACUACAUUUAUAACAGCGGGAAAUAACACUACUCUUUCUUUCAGCACACUGAAGUCACACCUUCAUCUCAUUACUUACUUCACUGGAGCUAACAGCUACUCCCGGAAUUAAUGCUGACCAGAUACUUUAGCCUUUCCAUUAUUUAUGCCAACCACGAUGUGUUAGGAUAGAUUAUGUCUCUCAGAACCUGGUGGAAAUUUCCUCUUGCUUGACCCAUACCUGGACAGCAGGAUGUAGGAUCACACAGGUGCUGGUGUCUUAGCUACAGUGAUGAGCCUGCUGAUACUCCAUGCUGCAUUCCUGGGUGUUUGCAGAGAGCACAGCUGGCACAGAGGCACCUUGUCAGACUGCAAGCUAAACAGUAGGGAAUGAGAGGUUUGGCCCUGUGACAGAUGCUACUGGGAACAUUUGGGUUUCUGGGAGAGCGAUAGGAUAAUUUCUUCACAUUUUUAAUCACCUCCUAAGUAAGCUGUGCUAUUUUUGUCAGUUAUUUAAUGAUUUAUGAGAGAUGGGAAAAUAAAUGGGAAAGGGAGUUCAAAACACGAAUGUGCAGGUAAAGAAGAAAGACAUUUCCUCUCCAUAAAGCCCUGAGCAUUAUGCCAACAGUUGAGAGCUUUGUUAAAGUGCCCAUCUGCACGCGUUUUGUUGAGGCCCAGGAGGGGGCCACGCUGUUCACAGCUUUGCUACCUGUGCGUCUGUCUCCUCACCAGUUUGAUCCUGAGGCUGUGCUCCCAUCAUCUAUAGCCCUCAUGGGGAUCCAGCCCCAGGCUACAGCCAACUCCACACUGAUCUGGAGAGGCUUCCAGCCAGCUGGUUUACCCUGCUGGUCCUCAACCUGAGGCAAGCCUGUGGCUUUGGGUCUUUGGCUGGUGUCGGUCAAAAACCUACAGAACAACGAGGAUGUUGUGGAGCAGCAAAGGGAUGCUGCUGUUUGAUUUUCAUAUUAGCACUACUAAUCUGAUUCCCUUGCACUGUUUUCCCAGAUGUUGUAUUGUGGUAGGAAGCACACUAGCGGCACCAGAAUCUUGCCUCAAGUCACAUAGCCAAGAACCUUGAUUGUGGCACUAAAACCAGUACAAAUGUAAACCCUGAUACUGGAACAAUCAGUCUGAGCACAUGGGGCUGGGAGAGUUUGAGGAUGUUUAGGUGUAUCUUACCAGCUCUGAGCCAUGGCUCACUCGUUCUGUUCGUGUUCCGUGAUGUUUGCCCUCCUGCUGCACAGGAGUAAACAAAUUCAGGGAAGAUUGUUUCAGAAAACCGGGAGCAGGUGGGUGGCCUGAAGGAUCCUUCAGUGCUCUAUGCAGUGCUACUUAGAGCACCUGACAUCUGAGGUUUGCUCUGCAGACACUCCACAUCUCUGUGUGGUAGCUGUCACACCAGCUUACAUCUCUUGGAUGCGGCAUGUCCUAGUACUUUCCAGGCAGACGGGACUCUGUCUUACAGCAGAAGUUUUCUGUGAUUCCUACUGCACUGCAAAUGAUCUGCUCACCUCUUCUAGUUCAGCCUGGUGUUUCCAAUGCAAUGCAUUCUCUUUAUGGCCCAAUAAAGAAGAAAAAGUGGUAGUUCUGGUUCCUGGAGGCACUGAAGAUCCCACUGAGAGCUACUGGCCUCUCCAAAUGCUUCUGCUCAGUGUAUGCUGUUCUACUCAACAGAUUUCCCAUGGAAAGCAAUCUGCAGAGCCCACUUUGCAGAGGGACUGUAUGAUAAUGCAGAUGGCAUGUGAUUCAGUCACAGUCUGUGAGUCCCCAAAUGCACAGAAAAUUUACCAUAAUGCAGCUUCUAGGGAAAUUUCUGCAGAGCCUCCUAGAAUCCUCAAAGGCCCUUUGCAUCCAUCCUGAUGCCUCUGCUCUAGAAACUCACAGGCUGUACAGUACCUACUGACCUUGCAGUGCUGACUGCAUCCUCUCCAUGACAACACACUGCAAUGCUCAGGGAGAGGAAGGCAUCCUGCAAGCAGCAAGGAUGGCUGGGGAGUAUAACUCUGUAGAUGACGAUGUUACCAUCAGUCUUUUCUGUUGGGGGCACAAAUGCAAAGGAAUGAAGCGUCUUCUAAGAAGAAAGAAACUGAUGAACAGAAAAGAUGAGAAAGAAAUGGCAGUCAGAGAUUUGAACAAUCUUUGGGCUCUGCUGCAGCAGCCAAGGGCAUCUGGAGCUCCUGGUUCUGCUCUUGUUGUUUGACUGUGAGCUGGUGCUAGGAUUUUCCCCCAUGCUAGGCUCAGUAGGAUGAGCUGCAAGAGAGGUAUUUAGCUCAAGGAACCCAGGGUGAAGCAGCAUGUUUCAGCUGAAGCUUUUAUCAAUCCAACUUUCUUUAUUUUUCUCUUAAGGAACUGCCAGGAGUGGGCAGAGGCCCACAGCGUGCCCACAGCUCAGCACACUGUGGGAAAGCAGAAAGCUGGCUGUGAGCUCCUCACCAGGGUGAAGGCUAAGCACAGCUCUAUCUGUAUGCAGCCAUUUUGAUACAGGCACCAGACCAUUGGGCUGGGUCAUUCUUGGUCAAGUCAGUUCCUCAAAGGCAAGUAUGGGGUGACAACUACUGCGUUGUGCGUGGGAUGAGGUGACACCGUGGCCAAAGGACACUUGAGGCUACAGCUAGCUCAAGGAGGGCAGGGUCCUUUUAAAAGGGAAGGGACAUAUUUAUUAUGAAUUCCCUUUAAUCUAACAUAAACAGUGGUGACAUGGGAAAAGACACAUUUUGAGCAGAAAAAGAGGACUGGCAGCUGUGUGGGAGAAUUAAACCUCCUACAUGGGUAGAUAGUAAUAGGAUAAGGGGGAUGGUUUUAAACUGAAGGGGGGGAAAUUUAUAUUAGAUAUCAGGGGUAUGUUUUUCACUGAGAAGGUGGUGAGGCUGCCCAGAGAGUUUGUGAAUGCCCUAUUCCUGGAGGUGUUCAAGGCCAGGAUGGUUGGGAUAGUCUGAUCUGUUGUCUGAGGUCUAGUGGUUAGCAACUGUGCUGGCUGCAGGGGGUUGGCAAUAGAUGCUCUUUGAGGUCCUUUCCAACCCAAGUCACUCUGUGUUAUGAUUACACGUAAGAUCUGAUCAAAGCUCUCCCUCUGCUUUCACUUGCGUGCAGAACUGUAAGUAUCAUGAGGGGUUUGGGCCUCAGCCUUCUAUGGCUUGUACAGUUCCAGGGUGCAAUCAUAACCUCACAGAUUGGGUGCACCUGAACAACCCAUGGCAAUUCUGUGGGCACACUCCCCAGGCACCAGGGGUACAAUGGGCAGGGAGGAUCUGGGCGUAGAAGCCUUCUUCAUCCUUCUCUAGGCCAAGUCUGCAAGAUUAGCAAGUUAUUCAGGACAGACCAAGGAAAGGCAAUUACAAGCCUUUUUCUAUACAGCAGAUAGAAGACAGGAUCAAUACACAGAGGGACUUCUGAUUUCUGACAUGUCUAAGCCCUCAGACAGCUCUGGUUUUUGCACCAGAUGGCUCCAUCGCUCGAUAAAGUAGUGCCCUAGAUACGCUGGUUGUUUUCCAGCCCGCCAGCAAAUGAAGGCAGGAGGAUGGACACGUACAGCCAUAUCCUGUGCUGUUACCACAGCUUCUGAGGUCUCCAGACCUAUUGCAAAUCACUGCAUUUUUGCAGUCCCCUCCCCAGCAGCAGCUACCAAAGGGAUUAAACAGGGAGUGUUAUCUAGUGCAGUGGCUUAAUCACUAAGCAAAGGGCUCAUCCCCAGACCACAAGGACAAGGAAUUAUCCCUGACAGAUAAUGCAGCCAGGGCUUGGAACAGCGUGAGAGGCUAGAUUGCCAUUGUCAGCCUAUGGGUUUAUUGCCAUUUCUGGGAGAGUAAUGCCUCUAAGAUGUUGUGAAGGUGCAGCGUGGCUUCCUUCACCUGCCCUCAGAUGCCUUUUGAUAACAGGGGAGGAGAAAAGCAGAUAAAAAUGGCACCCAACCUUGUCCCUGUACCUUAAAAACAAAACAAAAAAACGCAAACGAAGAAAAAAAAAAAAAAAGCAAAUC